GGUGUGGUACGGUGUGUGAUGUUGAGGCGUUGAGGAAGGAACACCUCGGAAUCAUCGUUUUACUUCAAGGCAGCUCAAAGUCUCCUGCAGUGAGUCAAGAUGAUGAAAGAUUGUCUGCAGUUUCUGGUGGAGCCAGCGAAGAAGCUCAAGGUUCGCAUAAAGGAGUCUCGUAAGAAGGUUAAGAAUGAGAAGAAGGAGCCUCUGCUGGAGUCCCAGCUCUUCAUCAUGGACCUCGCCAGAGAACUCAACAGACUAUGCCAGAAAUCGGACGUCUUGGCUCAUAUCUGGAGGUGCGAGGAUGUCUGGCCUCCUCAUCUCUGCAGAGAGUUCAUCAUGGAGUGGUCAGCUACACUGGAGAACAAGAAGAGGACCUUGCUGAUUAGUCCUCGUCCUGAGCGUCGUGACUGGAAGGGGCAUCUUCUGAGCAUGCUCGAUGGGGGAGGGGAGACGGACAUGGCCAUACACCGCUCCAUCAUCAUGGACUGGGUCAGAGAACACAAGGCCAAACACCAGCUGGGUGUGUGGCCAGGUGAGCCGGUGCUGAUGGUGCUGGAUGACCUUGAGUUCCAGUGGCGUAGAGGUCGUCUGAUGAACCUGAGGUCCGCCAUGGAGCUGGUCAUAUGGGCCGUGAUGUCAGAGAGCAUCGCAGAGAAGGAGACCAUCCCUAGACUCUGGUUGACGCACAAACAGAAGAAUCAGAAGACAGAUGCAAUACGAUACAUCCCUCAUGCGUUGUGGAACUGGAUAUGUGAAGCAUCAGAGGAAGUCACUAUCGACCCGGACACGGCCAACCCUGACCUGGCGAUCUCGGACGACAACAAGCGCAUGCGGUGCGGCCUGGAGCGGCGGGAGACGGGUGACGGGGGAGGGGUGCGGUGCUUCAACGGCUGGUGGUGUGCACUUGCCUCCGAACGAUUUAACAAGGGCCGACACUACUGGGAAGUGGAGGUGGGCGAGCGGGACUGGCGUCUGGGUGUGGCGCGGUCCACGGCAGCGCGACGCGGCUACCACUCGCUCAACACAGAGAGUGGCUACCUGACACUACGGCUUGAGCGCGGCCAGGAACUGAAGGCCCUCACCGUGCCUGCUACGCCGUUACCAGCCGCCGCUGUGCCACACCCACGCAAGGUGGGCAUCUACCUGGACCACGAUGGCGGGCAGCUGUCCUUCUACGACGUUGAGCGCCGUGCCCACAUCUACACCUACUCCGGAAGCUUUCGCGGCCAGACGCUGGUGCCGGUCUUUGGCACGGUGGAGGUGGUGAAGGACCUGGUGAUCCGGGACGCCGCCGUCCGGGAGCCCUGCUUCUGCCCCGGGCCCUGCCUUUGGAGCUAAUGUGGUACUAAAGCGCUACAGCGCCGCUGUCUGGCCUGGAAGUCUCAGUACCUACUGCAGCCGGCCAGAAGCCGCUCACACACGUCGCAGUCACACGUCAACGAACGCCAACCUGCUUCUGCUUCGGGCGCCCUACCUCUGCAGCUAAUGUGCUAUAGCACCGCCGCCUGAUAUGGUGGUGUCACUACCGCAACCAGCAACUGCUCAUCACAUCAACGCACAUCACCACCUACCUGCUUCAGCCCCGGGCUCCCUGCUUCUGCAGCUAGCUCGCCCACCACACAGCGCAACGCAACAUUGCCGCAGUGACAUCACCUGGUGUGGAGGUGUUAUUACUGCCGCAAACCGCCAUAACCACCAUGCACCACAUGUUGUGGAGACGUCAUUACAUUACUAUCACCAACAACUUGCCACAUCACAGAACAUCAGUCACCACAGUACCAUACCACAGCAUCCUCUCCUGGUGUGGAGUUGUUACUACAACUACCACACCAAUCACCCCCAUCCAUUGAGCUGUCAUGUUGACUA